CAAAAAAUCCCCAAAUCCGUUUCAUAUAUAAAUCCCCUAAAUCCUCUCUUCCCAAUUCACUUCAUGAGAUUUUCACUUUCUCCCAUUUUCAAAUCCCCCGCCAUUACCAUACCUCCCAAAUUCUCCUUCUCCUUCUCCUUCUCCGUCGCAGCCGCCAUGUCCUCUUCCGAUCACUCUCCCCCUGCCUUCGACCGUCCUCGCUCCGUCAUCAAAAAGAUUCUCGCUAAACUCCAACACGAAGGUGACGGCGCCGUCGUUCGUCGCGGCAUCGGAAGGAAUGAUUUGAAGAAUCUAGAUCCGUUUCUUAUGCUCGAUGAUUUCUCCGUCAGUCCGCCUGCUGGAUUUCCCGAUCAUCCUCACCGAGGUUUUGAGACUGUGACAUAUAUGUUACAGGGAGGGAUUACCCAUCAAGAUUUUGCUGGCCACAAGGGUACAAUCAGAACAGGGGAUGUCCAGUGGAUGACAGCAGGAAGAGGUAUAAUUCAUUCAGAAAUGCCUGCUGGUGAAGGAUCUCAAAAGGGUUUGCAACUUUGGAUCAAUCUAGCAUCCCAUGACAAAAUGAUGGAGCCAAGGUAUCAGGAGAUCUCAAGCGACAACAUUCCAAGAGCGGAGAAAGACGGUGUGGAAGUUCGUGUGAUAGCAGGAGAAUCCAUGGGAGUCCAUUCUCCAAUCUACACAAGAACUCCAACUAUGUACCUUGACUUCAGUUUGAGACCAAGAGCUCAAGUGCAUCAAAGCAUCCCAGACACAUGGACAUCUUUCGUGUACAUAAUAGAGGGGGAAGGUGUGUUCGGGUCAUCGAACUCGUCGCGGGUAGCAGCACACCAUGUUCUAGUAUUGGGAGGUGGAGAUGGGCUAAGUGUGUGGAACAGAUCUUCAAAGCCAUUGAGGUUUGUAUUGGUUGCAGGGAAGCCAUUGAACGAACCGAUAGUUCAAUAUGGACCAUUUGUUAUGAACUCACAAUCUGAAAUCGACCAAGCAAUUGAAGACUACCAUUAUGCUAAAAAUGGGUUUGAAAUGGCAAAGUAUUGGAGAUCUCAGUGAUGAUUAAUAUUAUUGGAAAAAGAGAGGAACAAAAGUGGUAGCUGAAAAGGAAAGGUUUCUAGAAGAUACAAAAAUGGUUAUAUCAUUAAAGUUAUGAUGACGAUGGAGUUUGGGGUCAGCUUAUAAUGUUAAGUCAAAAUUUAUGUUUUUCAUUUUUUUAUUUUUAUUUUUCUUGCUCCUAAAUUACUGUAUUUCUUUUCUUUUUCAUUAUAAUAUUUUACCAUUUCUUUUGUUC